GCGCGCGCGUCAACACCGCUGGAGGCACAGGAGCAUCAGGAGAGUCACGUAAACCGCGUUCGGUGAAUCAGAAAGCUGUCCGGUGAACGAACGGACCGUGAUGAGCCACAACAUCAGCACGCGUUCACGACAAACCCCGCUCAGAGUUCCAGCGCUUGUGUGGAGGAUCUGAGAUGUGAACGUGUGUUUCACUGGCGUGCGGCGCUGAGGCAUGUCUUUAAGAGAGUCUCCUUUCCCCAAUUUCUUCCUGGAAGGCCUCCAUGCCGUAGGAUGGGGUCUGAUCUUCCCUUGUUUCUGGUUCCUGGACCGUCUCCUCGCCGUCUGCAUCUCCACCAGUCUGGAGCGCAUGUGGCGGCGCGAGAUGGAGUGCUACCUCCACCCGCUCCAGGUCGUCUUUGGCUCCGUCCUCUUCUUCAUCCUGUUCGUGAUCUCCACGCCGUUCGCGCUGCUGGGGUUCGUGCUGUGGGCACCGCUGCAGGCCGUACGCCGGCCGUUCGCGUAUCACCAUCAAGAGCAGAUCAUUCCUAUGGAGGACCGUAAUGCUAGAUGGGAAGAGACCGGGAAAGUCAGCUUUGGGUUUUUGACGGGAAACCUGUGUCUGCUUCCCGACGGUGUCGCACGCUUUAACAACCUCGGGCACACACAAAAACGCGCGGCGUACAUCGGGAAAAGCAUCGUCCAAGGCGUCACCCGCCCUCACAUCCGUAUUUUCGUCGAUUCUCCCAGCAGCUGCGGCGUUGUUACGCCCUCCAACAGUUUCAUCCCACAACCGCCGCCAUCCGCGUAUGGAUCCAUCGAUGUUUUCGCGGCCAAUCAGACGGAAGAUGUUUCCGAAGCCGACGGCAUUCCCAAACCCAACCCUCACAAGCAUCCGCCUCGGCUCGCUGACGUCCCGGUGGAAGUGUCCGCUCUGUUCCCGUCCUCCGUGGAUGUCGUGUGUCUCCAGGAGGUUUUCGAUAAGCGAGCUGCUAUGAAGCUCACGCGAGCGCUCGCUCCGCUCUACGGACACGUGCUCUACGACGUCGGCGUCUACGCCUGCCAGCCGGCUGGAGCGUGCUCGUCUUUUAAGUUUUUUAACAGCGGUUUGUUUCUUGCUAGUCGCUUUCCCGUGAUGGAGGCUGAGUAUCGCUGCUUUCCCAACGGACGAGGAGAAGACGCUCUGGCUGCUAAAGGACUGCUCACUGUAAAGGUGGAAAUCGGGUUGCAAAAAGGUGAAAAGAAAAUGGUGGGGUAUAUUAACUGCACUCACCUGCACGCUCCUGAAGGGGAAGGAGCCAUUCGCUUCGAGCAGCUGAACAUGGUGACCAAAUGGAUCAAUGAGUUCCAGGCAGUGACCAGACGAGAAGAUGAGAUGGUGAUGUUUGAUGUGCUCUGUGGAGACUUUAACUUUGACAACUGCUCUCCUGACGACAGGCUGGAGCAAAGCCACGGUGUGUUUGAGGAGUACACGGACCCCUGCAGAGCCGCAGCUGGCAGAGAGAAGCCCUGGGUCAUCGGAUCGCUGUUGGAGCAGCCCACGCUGUACGAUGAGAACAUGAGGACCCCCGACAGCCUGCAGCGGACUCUGGAGACUGAAGAGCUGCGUAAGGACUAUAUUUCUCCUCCGGUGGCGGUCGAAGGUGUUCCUCUGGUCUAUCCUGAGCCUGAUGAGCCCUGGACGGGACGCCGGAUCGAUUACCUCCUGUAUCGAGAGAGCUCUGUCUCCAGCCACGGCAAAACUGAGCUGGAGGAGAUGACGUACGUGACGCAGCUGGCUGGACUCACAGAUCACGUUCCUCUGGCCUUCAGACUCUCCGUCUCUCUGGACACACCGCACUAAAACAGAGAGAUGCUUACUUAUUAGUGGACCAGACUGAUGAGGACACUUUAAAAUAUCCAGCAGAACGAAACAAAGUGCUUCAGAACACUAGUUCACCUAAGAAUGAAUAUUUAUAGCUAUUAUCCAUUCACACUCGUAUGGGUUAAGGAUGACAGGAUCAUGUUUAGUGAUCAGUAAAAGAAGACGCCUUUCAUUUGAAGUGCUUGAGAUGUGGAGAAACACCAAAUAUGACUUUAUGAAUAACGAUAUAAUCAAAGCAAUAGUUCUGGCACUCGUUCCUAUGCAUCUGUACAGUGCCAGAGGUUAUGUAAGAUUAGAUAUUACAAACACAAAGGGAAAAUACUGUUUUGUUUUUUCUUCUUCAUGACAACAAAGAAAUGAUAUUUGGAAAUAUAUUUUAAUAAAAGGGUCAUUUUUUUUCAUAACA